GUGUUUAUCUUACCCUUGUUUUGUAUCUGCCCUGUGUACUGGUUAUGUGUAUGUAGGCUAUAAGAAGCACCUUUUAGUUAGUUUCAUUCUCGGGUUCUGUUGAUAGAGAAGAGAGAAACAAACACAGUCAAGACUAGAUUAUGGUAUUUGGCUGCACAAGAAGCAGACAAAGACACAAUCCGGCGGGCGCCCUUAAUUUCGAGCCCUGUAGCUACCUCUCCUCAGCAAACACCACAAAGAGAGGAAGAUAGCGAGAGCAUAAUAUACUUAGUGCAUGCUGAUGAAGUCGACCAUGGUUGGAAGGGGCAUCCUGGGUUGUUUCAUCUUGUGUCUGUCUCUGACCUCAGUAUGCGCUGUCAGAGGAACCCUUAGUUCAAUAAAGGACCUCAAGGGAAUAGAGUUUGGUCACACCUCUCCUCGACACGGCCUCAUGCUGCUCCACUGGCUAGCCAACAACAUUUACAAUGACAACAAUGGCAACAUGAGACUCAAUUUCAACCCAGCCAGGAGAGACUAUGGCUUUCAUUUCUAUAGAAAUGCAGAUGAUCCCCGUCCAUUACCUAUUCUGCCCCAUCAACGUGAAAGUUACUACUCACUAGGGAACCUUGUUCACAAUAACAACAACGGUGCUUUGGCACUUCCUGAUUAUGUAACUCGAAGAUUCUACAACUCAAGGGGACAUGAGAACAAUAGGGACAGGGUCAUACUCAGAGUUAGGGAGGAAGAGUCCAAUCAGUUCAUAGUAGAUGAGGUCUAUGUCACACAGCACUAUCCACCAAAUGGAAACACAGGGACUGGCUAUGAUCCAGACAAUACAUACCUUGUCAGUUUCAACCUCUUAACACAAAUCCAACGUCUCGCAACCAUUGACCGAAAUGACAUUCCACGUAUAUAUAAUGUAGAGAUCAACCACAACAGUCUGCAAGAACUGGAAAACAUCUGGGGACACACACCUGGUCUGGCACUUCUUCUGGCUAUUGUAUUGUCCUUUACAUUUAGGGCGCAAUCAUGUCGUGUAACAUCACAAAGUACCUUGAAGCAUGAAGGUAAUGCAGUGAUUAAGCUUGAGGUGAAAACCACAGAUAGAGGAAAAGCCAUGAUCAUCUGGAGUGGGAUCCCCAAGAGGCUAUUAGACCAGGGUUUAAUGGUGGUUCUUCAUAUGAACAAUAACAGUGACAGUAAGAGCGAGCUAGACAGAUCAUCAGUCGGGGGCAAAUCCUCUGGGAGCUAUAACACCUCAGUACCCCUUAACCCUGGUCUCCAGGUCCGGCUCCGUAAGGAGGUAAACAAUUGGUGGAAUUACUUGGGGUUUGGGUCCACUAUCGGAGAGGAGAUCUGGAGAGGUUCUGAGUUUCACAAUGCCAACCGAGAGAUUCCUGUUGAUAUUAUCGGCUAUGACGCCAGUCUGCAGCUCUUCGUAAAGGAUGGAAAGGCCUGCGCUCGUCUGUAUGUAAAGAAAUCCUUCACUGCCUGGAAGAAAACGUUUCAUAACUCCUGGGUUGGGUUCUACUCUUCUCAUAACAAAUCCAUGCUCAACUAUAAUACCUGGCAAUGGGCAGUGUCUUUUUCUAAGGAAAUACGAUCAGAUUUGGAGGAUGUACCUGAGCAUGAUGUCUAUGUGUAUGAGUCUAGUAUGACCAUGUCUUCUGGGGUCCAGGUCAGAUUCAUGCUGGAGAAAUAUGGGGGUGAAGAGGCACGCACUCCACCCUGGGAGAGACUUGUCCAGUGGUGAGCUCACCUGAUAACAUGAUAUAUGACGUUGAUAUUCUCAUUUUUAACUGCUUGUGUAACUGCUUUUGUUCAACAUUUCUAUACCCUGUUUUUCAUUUAGAUGUAUUUUAAUUGUUCAUCUGUGUGAAGUGUAAAAGAGAAUCUGUUCCAAAAAGCUA